UUCGGUUGGUUGAAUGUUAUUGAAAUUUUCCUGAUCGUGUCGUUCUUGUUUUUGAUUUUUCGACAUAUUUGUCGGCUCAGUGGAUUUUUGAGUUUUAUUUUCAAUUGAGGAAAGACGAAAUGGCAGUUGAAGAUACUCACGUAAUUCAAGUCUCAAAUGUUUCUCCAGCUGUCACAAAGGAACAAUUGAAAACUUUAUUUGGAUUUAUUGGAAAAGUUGACGAUAUCAAACUUUAUCCUGAAAUUGAAGCAAUAGAUGUUUCUACAAAAGUCUGUUUUGUGAAAUUUGCCUUAGCGGAGGAUGUGUCAGUAUCUCUUCAUUUAACAAACACAGUUUUUGUAGACAAAGCUCUCAUCGUAGUCCCAGUUCCUGAGGAUGUUAUACCGGAUGAGAUUACUGCACUAGGACUUGGUAGUGGGGAUAGCUCUAACAUGUCCAAUAUGUAUCAGGGAUUGGCACAAUAUCCUGUCCUGCCAGCAAAUACAGAAUUAUCAAAAGUUGAAGAAAUUCGAAGAACGAUAUACGUCAGUGGAAUUGAUUGUGCUAUUUCUCCUGAAUCACUAAUGCAGUUUUUCACUCAGGCUGGAGAAAUAAAAUAUAUGAGAAUGGCUGGAGAUGAAACUGCGAGCAUCAAGAGUGCUUACGUUGAAUUCACAGAUCAAGUUUCUGUUGUGAAGGCUCUUGGAAUGAAUGGACAGGCGUUAGCUGGACAACUUUUGAAGAUAACACCGUCAAAUACUGCAAUUGUAAAACCACCAAUACUUCCUGGCAUAUCAGCUACCAGCAAGGAAAUAGAAGAGGCGCUGAAAAAAGUUAGUGAAGCUGAAUCACUAAUUUCAGCUGCUAUUGACCCAGUUACUAAUGGAGGUAAAAGAUCAAGAUCUCGACAUAGAUCGAGGUCUAGACAUAGAUCAAGAUCAAGAAGAUCACGGUCAAGAAGAUCUAGAUCUAGACAUUCCAGAUCUAAAAGAUCUCGUUCAAGACGUUCUCGUUCUCGAAGGUCGCGAUCUAGAAGAAGAAGCUCGAGACAUCGAUCAAGAUCUAGGCAUCGUUCCAGAUCUCGACACAGGUCCAAAUCACAUGGCAGGUCCAGAUCACGUCGAUCGCGGGAUCGCAGAAGGAGUAAAUCAAGAUCUCCGAGGUCUAGAAGAUCGAGAAGUAAGGAAAGGAGGAGGUCUAAAGAUUAUAAAGAACCCUCGACAUCUAGUAUGAAAGAAACUUCUGAUUCUUACGAAAGUAAGACAAAGCACUCAAAAAAAGAAUCUAGAAAAAAGUCGAGGUCACGUUCUAGGACUCCGUCAAGAAAAUCUAAAAAAUCUCGUCAUAGCGAUUCAAAAAAGGAAGGAGAAAAAGAAAGUAAAAGCAGCAAACAUAAAUCUGAUAAAAAAAGCAAAUCCGAUAUCAAAUGCUCUGAACCAAAGUCUGAGGAUGUUAUUAACAAGAAUCUAAGUGAUGAAAAUGUUUCACAAAAUGACAUGGAUAUUGACAGUGAUUAAUAUUUGUUAUCCAGCUAAAUGUGUAAUAUCGUUUGCUUGAUUCUUUUUAAUAUUUUUGAAUUAAAAAAAUUAAUUUUUAUGACAAUACACGCAAUUAAAGUAAAGUUCACCCAGACAAUAACAUUCGUCGCCUAACUUCUAAUGAGCAAAGCAAACUUCCCAACCUUACAGCUUUUGUCGUGUUUUUUUUUGAAUUUACCAAUCUUUAGAUUUUCUUGUUGAUUGAACGGUUAACGAAAAAUGGGUGUUGUU